UUGGGUUUGAUCUGCGCGAUUUAAAUUCAAACAAUUAAGUUAAAAUAUUAAGGUGAGCUGUGAACGUUCUUCUGAAUAGAAAAAAAUGGCUUGGAUACAGUUUUGUCUCAUUGCAGUUCUUCUCCCCUGGAUAUGGCAGACAAUAACCUCCAACUCAGACUUGGAUGUAUGCCGUCAAAAGGGCAACUACUUCUGUAAUGUUUCCCGGCAAUGCAUCCCCAAGUCAUAUGUAUGUGACGGAGAUAAAGACUGUAAGCAAGGUCAGGAUGAGGCUCCUCCCGUCUGCGACUUGGAUGCAUGCCGUCAAAAGGGCAACUACUUCUGUAAUGUUUCCCGGCAAUGCAUCCCCAAGUCAUAUGUAUGUGACGGAGAUAAAGACUGUAAGCAAGGUCAGGAUGAGGCUCCUCCCGUCUGCGACUUGGAUGUAUGCCGUCAAAAGGGCAACUACUUCUGUAAUGUUUCCCGGCAAUGCAUCCCCAAGUCAUAUGUAUGUGACGGAGAUAAAGACUGUAAGCAAGGUGAGGACGAGGCUCAUCCCGCCUGCGCUCUCAAAAAGCAGUGUAAAUCAAAUUGGUUCUUUAGCGAAGGCUGUCUGGGUGGAUGUUUUCCUGGUUAUUUUGGCAAGUAUUGCGAGAAGAAUUGUUCUAAAGAAUGUUUGAAUGGAACAUGUAAUAGCAUAAGUGGAAUUUGUAAGGACUGUACACGAACGUAUUUAGAUAAUUGUUCGCUUGAAUGUGGCAAAGGAUGUCUAAAAAAAGACGGUUUCCCGCUUUGUGACAGACAAAGUGGGAAGUGCUUACAUGGCUGUUAUCCUUAUCACUACGGAAACUAUUGCAACAAAACAUGUAUACACUGCAAAACAAAUUACUUCAAUGAUGUAUGCGAUGUUAACGGUGCAUGUCUGCUUGGAUGUGAGAACGAUUAUUGGGGCAAGACGUGCAACACUAAAUGCAGUGCCAAUUGCCAAGGUGACGAACAUGGAAACCGAUGUAAUUCAUCCACCGGGGAAUGUUUAAACGGCUGUACUACUGGUUGGAGCGGUAGAUUCUGUUUGGUUUCUGUAGAUGUGAGCAGUACCGAUAAAGAGAACGUCAACUCUAUGAAUGCAACUUUAAUAGUCGUACCAGGUGUUGCCACUGUGGUUGUCAUCGUUGUCGUCGUUGUCGGGAUUAUCUGCUAUCUACGGGCUCGAAAAAGGUUUAACCGUCAGCUGAAUGAACGCAUGGAACCACGCCGAGUAUUUCCAGUUCAUAUUCCACCAGCACAACAACCCUCCAGGUCUCGGAGACGGGCUAGCUCUUACGUGUAUGACGAGGUCAACGAAGAAACCAUGGAACAUUAUCAUUACAUCUGUGAGCAAAACGCUCCAGAUCACUAUGAUAAAAUCAAAGAUCGCAAGCCAUGCAUCUGUCCACAUUGCGUACGCGAGCGAGUUAUUCCGUUUCUUAAUAGAGUUUCUUCAGGAUCGUCGAGUACCACUUUUGUUGAGCCUUAUGCAGUCGGUGGCGGAAGUAUUAGCAGUCGCAGCUACGUAAGUAAUAGCGAGAUAAACCCAAGACGAAGCGCUACAAAGUAUGAUCAUGAUGGCGGAAUUGUGCCAACAAAAGAAUUUACGGACGAUAGUAAUUCCCAACAGAGCAUCACUAAAUCUGACGGCAAAAAUGAACUUGACAGUACCGAUGACAGUAAGCCUAGGCGGAGUGUCACACGCUCUGAUGGUGCUCUUGAUCAUGUCGGUAAGACAGAUAAUGCGGACGGAUUUAAUCCCGGCCCUUGCGUUGCAAAAUCUGAUAGCAAUAUUGAACUUGUGUGCACGCCCGGUUAUUUGGACCUUGAAGCCCUUUAUCAAAAAGCUAAGGCUGAAGAUCGGCGAAAGCUAGCUGCUAAAUAUUUAGAUUACGGGGAAGAUGUAUUUGGUGAAUUAGGACAAUUUCAAGCUAUUGAGAGGAAAGAAUGUGAACUGUCUAAUAAUGAAAUAGAACUGCAAAGUAUGGGACAAAAUAUUGAGUCUUCCCAAUCAAUAAGUAGAUCAGAACUAAUCGAAGAAAGUUGUUGUUCAAAUAAUACAGAUUCCAUUGUCAAACAACAGCCUGACGAUUCAAAAUUUGACGAUCAAACAAACACUGAAAGGUCAAAUAGUGAUGAAAUAAAACAAACUGAUUCCCUUUAGUAAAGACGAUGCAUGCUUAUGGUUGGCGAUUUAGCUUAUAAUAUUUUAGAUUUCCCCAGAUAGAUAGUGUGGGGGGGGGGGCGACACUUUAUAUAUUUUUAAAACUUUAACAUCUUGAAUUGAAUAAACUAAGGAAAAAUGUGACGUAUGAACGCUUAGAUAGCUACAUCCUUUUAUUUUUUUAUCCUUGUUAAUAUAUAGUCGCGUAUUCAUAAAAUCAUGCAUGUAAGUUGUAUUGAUUAUUUAUAAUACUUUGUUGUUUGAUGUGUUUGGAAAUAUGACGUAUGGAAUCUUAAAUAGCUACAUAUUUUUACUCUUUUUAUCCUUGUAAAUGUAUAGUCGAGUAUUCAUAAGAUCAUGCUUGUUAGAGGUAUUGAUUAUAUAUAUUUAUAUAUUACUUUGUAGUUUUAAGUAGUUAGGAAUGUGACAAAUUAAUACGUUAUUAUCCUUAUCAAUGUAUACAUCAAUAUUUAAUAUUUGCUUGACUGUUUUCAGAUAACAAUGCAUUGUUUAUUUUCUACAACAUAAAAUGUGUACAAUUUUCUUUUUUCUUUUAUGAUCAUUUGAUUAUAGAAAAUACACUCUUAAAACAUAUACGAAUUUGUCUCUUAAUUAUAAAUGAAAAUAAAAUAAGUUAUAGGUGAAUCCGUAAAUUGUUAAUCAAAAUGUUUCGUACCUUUCAGUAAUUGUUGUUAAAUUUUAGUAAAAUGAAUAUAACUUUAUGCCUACUUAAAUGCUUGUGUAUAUCUACUACAUUCACUUCCAUUUUUGUAGAAGAAGAUUUUAUUAACUAUAAGCUUACAGCCCAUCAGUUACAUAUAAUAUAAACAUGUACAGUAUAUAAACAUUUCCGAUAGAACAACUUUCAAAAUCAAUCAUAAUAUAUAAACAAAGUAAAGUUAUAUCACAUUUGCUUUAAAUACUGAAAAAUAGUUAGUGGAGAAAAGUGUCUAAUGUCUAAACUGACGCAUUUCAAAGCCCUUAUAGACAAAACAACAUAGUUUUCUAAUAGUAGUUACAUUUUCGCUCGAAAUCAGUUCGAUAAAUUUAGGAAUAUUUGGAUUGCGCCAAUAAUAUCGCUUAAUGUAUAAGAUUCUUAAUUCAUGAUAUAAAGGACAUUCUAAGAGAAAAUGGAAUUCAUCUUCAAGUGUAUUACAAAGUUGGCAUUUUCGUUCAUUUCUUGGAAUUAUUUGGGGCUUGUGCCAUCUGCCCAUUUCUAUUUCUAAUCUGUGUGAUGCUACUCUUAGUCGUGUUAAAGCUGUUCUGAAUUUAUUGUUUUGUAUGGUGUCUAAAUAUGACUGAUAAUUAAAAUUUGCAAAUAGUAUGUAUGUUGACGCUCUUGAUGACUCUCGUAAUUCUUCAUUCCAUUUUUGCAUGAAACAGUCUCUAGCCCUCAUUUUAAAGGUGUGUAUAAAAUAUUUUGUAUUUACAACCCCUUGGUUAAGCCAAACUUCAGCGAAUCCCAUAGAUUCUAACAGAUUUUUAACUUUAAUUGCCCAAUUUAUUUCCGUUGCGUUGUUUUGUAUAUCAUUUAACAUCGAGUUAUAUGUAAGUCGGAUGAAUUUUCUUUCAUCCGUCAUUGUCAUUUUCAACCAAAAGCGGAUGAUUGAUGUCAAUCUAUGGACAUACAAUGGGACUCUACCUAAUUCUCCAUAUAUAAAGUUGAAAGUUUAACGCCUAAUAGUGUUUUUAAAAAAUGGAGGUGUAUCAUUCGACUUAUAUUGAAGAACAUACAAUGAUUUUAUCUAUUGCGAGAUUGGACGUUAAAUUUUUACCAUUUAUUACAUUGUAAAGCUUUAACUUGAGAUGUUGCAAACAAAUGAUGAUAAGUACACUAAAACAAUUUAAGAUGGACUAUCACUCCAAUAUAAUAUUGAAUCAACUAUAUUUCGCCUAAGAACUUGAUAAGAGCUGUAAACUUACUAUUUUGAUACAGGUAAAACAUGUUUUGAUUCGGGGAGAGAGUUACAGAACUUUAUUAUACAGGUAAAACAUGUUUUGACUCGGGGAGAGAGUUACAGAACUUUAUUAUACAGGUAGAACAUGUUUUGAUUCGGGAAGAGAGUUACAGAACUUUAUUAUACAGGUAAAACAUGUUUUGAUUCGGGGAGAGAGUUACAAAACCUUAUUAUACAAGUAAAACAUGUUUUGAUUCGGGGAGAGAGUUACAGAACUUUAUUAUACAGGUAAAACAUGUUUUGAUUUGGGAAGAGAGUAACAGAACUUUAUCAUACAGGUAAAACAUGUUUUGAUGCGGGGAGAGAGUUACAGAACCUUAUUAUACAAGUAAAACAUGUUUUGAUUCGGGGAGAGAGGUACAGAACUUUAAUACAGGUAAAACAUGUUUUGAUUUGGUAAGAGAGUUACAGAACUUUAUUAUACAGGUAAAACAUGUUUUGAUUCGGGAAGAGAGAUACAGAACCUUAUUAUACAAGUAAAACAUGUUUUGAUUCGGGGAGAGAGUUACAGAACUUUAUUAUACAGGUAAAACACGUUUUGAUUUGGGAAGAGAGUUACAGAACUUUAUUAUACAGGUAAAACAUGUUUUGAUUCGGGGAGAGAGUUACAGAACCUUAUUAUACAGGCAAAACAUGUUUUGAUUCGGGGAGAGAGUUACAGAACUUUAUUAUACAGGUAAAACACGUUUUGAUUUGGGAAGAGAGUUACAGAACUUUAUUUAGGUAUAGGUGGAUUAAUGUAGGUGUUUACGGUGAUACAUGUAUACUAUUGAUAAAAUGUACUUGCUAUCGUGUAACUAUAUAUACUCAAUAAAGAUAAUAGACGAUACACAAAACUUUAUUUGUCAGAUAUCGAACUAAAAUAGCAUAACUAAAUACAUACAAGCUUAUAAACAGUCAUGAAGUAUUUCACAUAACCAUAUAUGUAUAUACACUUACACGAUAGCAUAUUAACAAGUAUUACUUGUUUUAAGUUAAAAUUUCUUGAAAUUAAUAUGUAUACCUGUCUGUAUAACUUUUAUAUCUUAUUGUUUAAUUUGCAUAAAAUGUUACUUGGUUCAACUGUAAAUACUUUUCUGUAUCUAACUGUUA